AGCUUAUCGAAUACCAGAUGACGCUGAAUAUUUGUUAAGUUUGAGUGGAGUUUUCACUAUCUGUAUUCAUAAUUCAAGGUUCCAAUUCCUUUUCGUGUGUGAGAGGCGUAGUUGAAGUCAUACAUGCCAGUGAUUUCAACAUGCAGAUUUUCGUAAAAACACUCACUGGGAAGACCAUCACCCUAGAGGUUGAGGCUUCAGAUACCAUCGAAAAUGUUAAAGCUAAAAUUCAAGAUAAAGAAGGCAUUCCACCAGAUCAGCAAAGACUGAUCUUUGCAGGGAAACAACUGGAAGAUGGCAGAACACUUUCGGAUUAUAAUAUACAAAAAGAAUCUACUUUGCAUUUGGUCUUGCGUUUACGAGGUGGAGCUAAGAAACGCAAGAAGAAGAAUUACUCAACUCCUAAAAAAAUUAAGCAUAAAAAGAAGAAGGUUAAGCUUGCUGUACUAAAAUUCUAUAAGGUGGAUGAAAAUGGAAAAAUUCAUCGAUUAAGGAGAGAAUGCCCGACAGAACAAUGCGGUGCAGGAGUUUUUAUGGCAGCAAUGGAAGAUCGUCAUUACUGUGGAAAAUGCGGUUACACGCUUGUAUUUAACAAACCAGAAGACAAAUGAGUUGAAUACUUGUAUCUUCAUUUAAUUAAAAAGUUUAUACAAAAAUAAAUAUGUUACUUAUAA